UUCUUGAUCAUUUCUUGACAAGAAGUCUGUGUGAAAAUGAAGUGGGUUGCAGUGUUUUGUUUGGUGUUCACAUUAGUGGCAUGCCAGGAUCUGCCAUUAGCGGAACAAUGUGACGAAGAGUUAUGUCAAUUGCCAGACUGUAGGUGUUCAUCUAUAAAUAUUCCUAGGGGCUUACAAGCAAGAGAUACCCCACAGUUUGUUCUUGUCACCUUCGACGAUAAUGUAAACAUAAUAAACAUAGAUACAUACAGAGAGGUCUUGUACAAUCGUCAAAAUUCGAACAGCUGCCCUGCUGGUGCUACUUUCUAUGUUAACCAUGAAUAUAAUAAUUACCAACUUGUCAAUGAACUGUAUAAUCAAGGCUUCGAGAUCGCCCUACAUUCUAUCACCCACCAGACUCCUCAGACUUACUGGCAAGAAGCUACACCUGAAAUUAUGGCCAGAGAGUUUGGGGACCAAAAAAUUCAAAUGGCACACUUCGCCAACAUUCCCUAUGAAAGUCUUAAAGGUGUACGCAUUCCCUUCCUCCAACUGGGCGGCAACUCCAGUUUUCAGGCAAUGAGUGAAUAUGGCUUAGAAUAUGACUGCACUUGGCCCACUAUUGCUUAUACCGAGCCUGGUCUAUGGCCAUAUACCUUGGACUAUGCGUCAACUCAAGAUUGUGUCAUAGCGCCAUGUCCUACUGCAUCCAUUCCUGGAGUAUGGGUGAUACCUAUGGUUAGCUGGAGAGAUUUAAACGGUACUCCUUGCUCGAUGGUUGAUAGUUGCCCUAUAGUACCUCCAUUCAGUGAUGAAGAUGCAUGGUACAGGUUCAUUGUGACGAACUUCGAGAGACAUUACUUGAACAACCGAGCUCCAUUCGGUUUCUACAUUCAUGAAUGGUAUCUCGCCGUUAAUCCAGCUGUAAAGAGAGCCUUAAUCAGGUUCUUAGAUCUUGUCAAUAAUCUCAAUGACGCUUUUAUGGUUAACAGUCAUGAAGUAAUCGAGUGGAUGAGGAAUCCUGUACCAGUGGAUGAAUACGUUCAACAACCAUGCAGGACUUUCACUCCAACUCUUUGCUCAGCAAAUAGUUGCGGGCCUUUGGCAUCUGAACAUAAUGAGGUUGACUAUUGGAUGCAAAUCUGCAACGUAUGCCCUCGUGUAUAUCCGUGGAUAAACAAUCAUCUCGGAAUUUAAAAAUGUAUCAAUUUUUAUGCUUGCUUUAAUUUAUAAUAAAAAUAUGUAUAAGUGCAUAAUUUCGUGAUUGAAAAAUUUGAAUUCGUUUUUAAAAUGGAAUCGACCAGUAUAUUCUAAGAGUCAAUAAGUUAACGAGAAAUUGUAUUAGCAUCUGUUCCAUGUUCUGUGACUUCUUGAAUACCGGUUGCAAUUUUUUUUUUAUUUGAUAUGUGAAUCAUAUUUGUUAAGUUUAAUAAAUAAGAACAUAAUA